UCCCGACGGGCUCAGCGCUUGGCAGCCGCCCUGUCCCCUAUCCCGUAGGAAGGCAGAGAAUAGAGUCGGGGGGCUAACGCCGCUUCCCGGGCGCUCUGCGGGCAGCAGCAGGAGGGGGUCUCGGGAGCCAUCAUGAUCCGCUUUAUCCUGAUUCAGAACCGGGCCGGCAAAACCCGUCUGGCCAAGUGGUACAUGCAGUUUGACGAUGACGAGAAGCAAAAGCUGAUUGAAGAAGUGCACGCGGUGGUCACUGUCCGAGAUGCCAAGCACACGAAUUUUGUGGAGUUCCGAAACUUCAAGAUCAUCUACCGACGUUACGCGGGGCUCUACUUCUGUAUCUGCGUGGAUGUGAACGACAACAAUUUAGCUUACCUUGAGGCCAUUCACAACUUUGUGGAGGUGUUGAACGAGUAUUUUCACAACGUCUGCGAGCUUGACCUGGUCUUCAACUUCUACAAGGUCUACACGGUGGUGGACGAGAUGUUCCUGGCCGGGGAAAUCCGGGAGACCAGCCAGACGAAGGUCUUGAAGCAGCUGCUGAUGCUGCAGUCGUUGGAAUGAUCUUCUUUUGUGUUGUUUGUUUUGGGGGCGGGGGGGGGGCUUCGCCCGCCACCUCCUUGGGGGUCCUCUUCCUCACCUGCCCCUGCCGCUUCCUGCCAGCCCCAGUUCUCGUCCUCUCCAGCACCCCGAAUCAAAGACUUGCUCGCCCCAUAAACCCAGAGCGGAAGGCUGGCAGGGAGCAAGCAUUUGGGGAAGGGGUGUCUCUUCAGUCGCUGCCCCCUCCCUGCCUGGAAAGUGGGGUGCCUGUGGAAGAGGGAGAGCUGGCAAGUCAGGGCCGGCUUGCCUCUUUGGUCAUAAGGGGGGGGGGGAUUGGGAAGGGGGGGGGGUGCCCCCCUCUCUUCCCCCCCCCACCCGCUCGUAACCAUUUGAUGUCCCACUGCGCUCCGCUCUCCCCGUGGCUGGUCUGCUGCCCCCUCCCCAUCCGGCCCUCCGCGUCAAUGUGUUGUGCUGCACCUGCAGAAGAGGGGACCAGGUCUCUGUGCGUGCACGAGUGAGCGUGUGUGUGAGUGUGCGUGACUGUACAGGCACCUGUCUUAAGUGGGUUUGAGCGAUUCAACUGCCAGUAAAGUGACGUCUUGAAAUAAACCAUCCAUCCAACACUGAAAAGAGAGAUGUGGCUCAUUUAAAUCCUGGCCUGUUUCUGGAGGGACAAUGCAGCCCGUGUUCGCCUCGGUUAAUCGAACAAAUCCAGUUAAUUGCGUUCUGUUUCAGUGCGUCGUAUGAGACGGGCCAAGAACCGCUGGGCAAAAGGGGGGAACCGAGUUACCAAAAUUUGUGAACCCUUUUUGUAAAAUUUGGCAGCCUGCCACUCUGCGCGUGCCUCUUUCCCCUUGCUGAACCCUGAAAGGG